UGUCCUUCACUCCUCUGAAAACACGAUGAGCUGAGCGAAGCUAGAGACUCAGACCAUGAAUUACGUAGGUCAGCUGGCGGGGCAGGUGUUUGUGCAGGUGAAGGAGCUCUACAGAGGUCUGAAUCCUGCCACUCUGUCCGGCUGCAUAGAUGUCAUUGUUGUCCGGCAGCCAGAUGGAGCUCUGAUCUGCUCUCCAUUUCAUGUACGCUUCGGAAAAAUGGGUGUCCUGAGAUCACGAGAGAAAGUGGUGGACAUUGAGAUCAAUGGGGAACCUGUGGAUUUGCACAUGAAGCUGGGCGAGAACGGAGAAGCUUUUUUUGUCAAGGAGACAGAAGGCGAUCAGGAAGUGAUUCCAUCUUACCUGGCCACUUCUCCCAUUCCGUCUGACGGGGGGCUACUGAUGGGCCCCAGCCGCGAGAAUGCAGCGAUGAAGAAGAGGAGGAAGAGGAGAAGGAAGUGCAGAGUGGAGGAUGUGAAGGUGGAGGAGAGUGUGGAGUUCUCAGAGGAAGAACUGUUCAACAUCGACAUCAAUGACAGCGAGGAGCCCGAUCAAAACAGAGACUUGAUGAAUGGAGGUUCAUCCACUGAAAACAAACAAAACACAAUUCAUGCCUGUUCAGAUGGAGAGUGGAGUCCUGUUCACAGUGCUAAUGUGUCUCGUCCGUGCACACCUAAAAGUGACUCUGAGCUUCUUAGUAAAGAUCAGCAGGAGGAUUCGGCCAUGUUGUGGUCCUGGGGGGAGUUACCGCAAGCUGCCAAGCCAUCGUUUCUGUCAACGAAACCAGAUGUUUUGCCUGCGUGUCCACUGUCAAUCCCGGUCUCUGACAACACACAUUUCAGAGUCAUCCCUGAGAUGGCCACCCAUGGCCAUGACAGAAACGGGACAUUACAUUCUGAUGGCCAAUCAAACAGAGCCAAAGAGCAGGAUGUGACACCAGCGGCUUGGGUGAUGUCAGAGGUUGAGGAGGGCGGAGCAAAGGCUGGACCCCGCCCACAAAACAAGACUGAUUCCCCUUCUAAAAGAAAAGAUAAGAAAAGCCGCCAUCUGGGUUCUGAUGGCGUGUAUUUGGAUGAUAUAAAAGAUCUGGAGCCAGAAGUGGCGGCACUUUACUUCCCUAAAAGUGGUUCAGAGCAUUGUGGUGAGAACAGCGUCCGCAGUGAGACUGUGUCUCCUCAGUCCAUGUGCAGCUCGGGAGCCGACAGCGGCGUGGACAGUGAAGACAUUCCCUCUAUGGCCAUCUCUCUGUGUGGAGGACUCACAGAAGACAGGGAGAUCACUAAAGAGCAUUUCCAGCAGAAGUCUGUGUCAUUUCAGCAGUUUGCUGAUAAUCCAUCCAUCAUUGAUGACCCUAAUCUGGUGGUGAAGAUCGGCUCUAAGUAUUAUAACUGGAGCACCGCUGCUCCUAUUAUGUUGGCUAUGCAAGCAUUCCAGAAACCAUUGUCUAAGGCCACCAUAGAGAGACUUAUGAAGGAGAAAAUGCCCAGAAAUCAAGGAAAAUGGUGGUUUUCAUGGCGAGGAAGAACAAACAGCACUAAACCGGAUUUAGUCUCAGGCGGUUCAGCAUGUCCUGCAGGAGAUGAGACCAUCAAGAACAGGCGGAAAGACGAAUCCUCCUCCAGCGAUGAAGACUUAACUGCAAAACAAAUCCCUGUCCCUGUUCACACAGACCCCGCCCCUGCAGGAGGGGGCGUGUCCUAUCAGAAAACACUUCGCCUAUCUUCAGAACAACUCGUCAGUCUGCAGUUAAAGGAUGGUCCUAAUGACGUGGUGUUUAGUGUGACGACUCAGUAUCAGGGCACGUGUCGCUGUGAGGGAAUCAUCUACCUGUGGAACUGGGAUGAUAAAAUCAUCAUAUCAGACAUCGACGGCACAAUCACCAGGUCAGAUAAGCUGGGGCACAUUCUGCCCACGCUGGGUAAAGACUGGACCCAUCAGGGCAUCGCAAGCCUGUAUCACAGCAUCAGCCAGAAUGGUUAUAAGUUUCUGUAUUGCUCUGCGAGGGCGAUCGGUAUGGCUGACAUGACGCGGGGUUACCUGCACUGGGUCAAUGAGAGAGGAACCAUGUUACCCCAGGGACCCGUUUUACUGAGUCCCAGCAGCCUGAUAUCAGCACUGCACAGGGAGGUAAUCGAGAAGAGGCCGGAGAAGUUUAAGGUGGCAUGUUUGACAGACAUUAAGAAUCUGUACCUCCCAAACACUGAGCCUUUCUACGCAGCGUUUGGGAACAGAAACACUGAUGUGUUUUCCUAUAAGGAAGUUGGUGUUCCCUUAAACAGAAUCUUCACUGUCAAUCCUAAAGGAGAACUGAUCCAGGAACAUGCAAAGACCAACAUCUCAUCGUACGUGCGUCUAGGUGAGGUCGUGGAUCAUGUUUUCCCGCUCCUGAAGCGCAGAGGUUCUUGUGAUUUCCCCUGCAGUGACACCUUCAGCCAGUUCACCUUCUGGAGAGAACAGCUCCCCCUCUUGGAUGGACAGAUAGUGAACACCACUCGCUGAACAGCUGCACUGACCUACACACAACAUCACGUGUGGAUGGACAGACGCUUGCAUAAACUGAACACAGAAUGAAAUCAGUGUGAUUAUAUGAAAAUCACACAUAAUAUACAUGUGUGCAUCUGAACUUCAGAAAAAAUUGCACUUUCUUUCAAAGAAGUCUUCCCAUGUCACUUGUGAUUUAGAAUAUAUUGUUAGUUGAUUUGUAAAAAUUAGCUUAGAUUCAAUCAUUUUUCAGUUUUGCUUGUGGCGAUCACAAGCUUUUGUUGUGAAAAGCAUCUGUUAAUAUAUUCAUUUACUGCAAGAACAAUCCAUCAUAUCAGGACAGUGAGUUUGUUGAUAUAGAUUUCCACAAAUUAUCAAAAGAGUCCUGAAACUGAAUGUUACAUUUCACAUAAUUUAAAAUGCCCAGGUCAUAUUUCACCCCAGAAUCAAUAUUUUACCAUUUUCUGAUCAUCAAACACGUUUAUUUGUUAUUUUUAUUAC